UACCCAGAAAACUUAGUAAUUAAACAAAAGAGUGCUCAAAGAGCCAAGGCAAGCCAUCCCAAGAGUAGCAGGCUCCCUCCCACAGGGGCCAAAGUCUGGAUGGUGGGGUCUCCACUCAGAGCCUGGUAGUAAAAGCUGGUGCAGAAUAAGGUGGUUCCGGAGGCCAGUAGUAACCCGGCCUGAAGAAGACACAACGUAGAAAACAGGAUUGAGGCCAAGCCUAAAGCCCCAGCUCCGGACAAGGCGCCCAGGCGGCGGAAAGCAGUCCCCAGCCCCGCCAUGGCAGUGGAUGGUCACGCGCCGGACGAACACCGCCCAGGCCAUCCUGGAGGCCAGCCAAUCCCGAUCACCCAUGCAAAUAAGGUUCACAGGUGCCCAAUCCAGGCCGUGUUCAUUUCAGCGUUCAGGUCCUCACCCCGGUACUGGCGCCUUUGUAAAACUGCUGCGGAGUGGCGAAGACGUAUGGCGGGCGGAGAAACCAGAACCAAUUAGGAGCAGAGGAGCGAAGCGGUGGGGGGCGGGGUUGAGGGCGGGACUAGAGGAUUUGCGUCACGGAUUGGCCCACUUUCCAAGUUGAUCGCCUCUUCGAACCCUCCCCCACUACCUCCGGCCAAUUUCCAAAGAUCGCGGUCCCCACGCAAAGUUCCGCCCCCCUCCCCAUAGGCUCCUCCCGUUCGGCUUCAAACCAGACCUACUCCCAAAAAGAGGAGGCCCGGAUACCCAAGCCCCACCCACCUCCAUUAAAUCCCGCCCACUGGACGAUGGCCCCUCCUCCACGGACGGAAGCUCCUCCUUCUUCGGAUGAUGCCCCGCCCCCUAUAGUUCAGCCCUUCUCCCCCCUCCCAAUCACUAGAGCCCGGGGGGGUGGGAGAUCUGGGGGGAUGUUUCUACCCUGCCCUAGCCCUCUACGUCCAUCCAUCCGUCUGUCUGUCCACUCCCACCCGCUUCCACCGUCUCCAAUCCCCCCACACUCCGGAGGGCGGGCGGGCUGGCGGGUGCGAGCGGGGGGUGUGCGCUGCUCUCUCGGCAGGGGGCGGGGGAGGCGGCCGCGCGGUGACGCGCGGGGCUGCUGCGGCUGCUCCGCCGGCGGAUCAUCACUCUCGGGCUGGGAUGGACGCGGGGCGGGCGGGCCCUGACGCGCGGAGCCAGGAGUCCGGGCCUCCCGGCUGCUGAGCGUCCCUCGAAGCCUCCCCUACCCUCGCCUUCCUUCCUAGGAACCGUGCCGACCCCAGCCCCGGGGCUCUGGACUCGGCUCCCGCCCUCCUCUGAGUCCCCGGACCUCCCCCUCCCGCCCGCCCUCGGGAUCGACUAGAUCCCUCCCCCUCCCCGAGGAUUCCGGCUGGAUCCCUGCCCCUGCACCGCGGAUCCUGCGCUCCCGGGCCCCUGGGGAUUGCCGUGGACUCCUUCUCCAACACCCGAUCCUCCGCCUGGACCGCCUUCUGGUCCCUCGAAGCCAGCCCACAGAGCCAGUGGAUCCCCAAUCCAGUCCUGUCUCGUUGCCCCCUCCUUGCUCUGCCGUCCCCACUGCGGGGUUCCCUGUUCUCGGGCUCCCCCUGACCCCAUCUCCUAGAUCUCCUUUUCCCGGGGAUCGACUGGAUCCCGGCCCCGCCCCCCGGGGCUGGGGCGAUCCCCCUCCCCCGCCGGGUGAGGCGCUGCGGGCGGGGGCUGGGCCUGCGGGGCCGCGGGGGCUCAGAGGCCGCCGCCCCCCUCCCGAAGGCCGUCCGCCCCCUACUCGGAGCCCUGGAUGGAGGCACCACGGCCCCAGGGCUGAGCCAGGUCGGGCCUGCCUUCACCUGCUCCCACCUCCUUCCCCUUCCCCACCCCUUGCCCCCUCCAUGGAGAGGAACAGACCCCUUCUCUGUCCAGUCUAACCCAGGACCCUCCCCAUCCCCCUCUUCCCUCCUUUCCCCCGCCCCCUCCUCCCUCCUGGGGCGAGGGGGGCCUCCCUCCCUCUCCCCCCCUUCUCUCUCUCUCCGAGGGGGGGGGGGUCCCGGGGAGGGAGGGGGGGUCCCCCGAUCAGCAUGUGGCUCCUGGCGCUGUGUCUGGUGGGGCUGGCGGGGGCUCAACGGGGAGGAGGGGGUCCCGGCGGCGGCGCCCCGGGCGGCCCGGGCCUGGGCCUCGGCAGCCUCGGGGAGGAGCGCUUCCCAGUGGUGAACACGGCCUACGGGCGAGUGCGCGGUGUGCGGCGCGAGCUCAACAACGAGAUCCUGGGCCCCGUCGUGCAGUUCUUGGGCGUACCCUACGCCACGCCGCCCCUGGGCGCCCGCCGCUUCCAGCCGCCUGAGGCACCCGCCUCGUGGCCCGGCGUGCGCAACGCCACCACCCUGCCGCCCGCCUGCCCGCAGAACCUGCACGGGGCGCUGCCCGCCAUCAUGCUGCCUGUGUGGUUCACCGACAACUUGGAGGCGGCCGCCACCUAUGUACAGAACCAGAGCGAGGACUGCCUGUACCUCAACCUCUACGUGCCCACCGAGGACGGUCCGCUCACAAAAAAACGUGACGAGGCGACGCUCAAUCCGCCAGACACAGAUAUCCGCGACUCUGGGAAGAAGCCUGUGAUGCUGUUUCUACAUGGCGGCUCUUACAUGGAGGGCACCGGGAACAUGUUUGAUGGUUCAGUCCUGGCCGCCUAUGGCAACGUCAUCGUAGCCACACUCAACUACCGUCUUGGGGUGCUCGGUUUUCUCAGCACCGGAGACCAGGCUGCAAAAGGCAACUAUGGGCUCCUGGACCAAAUUCAGGCCCUGCGCUGGCUCAGUGAGAACAUUGCUCACUUUGGGGGUGACCCUGAGCGCAUCACCAUCUUCGGGUCUGGGGCAGGGGCCUCCUGUGUCAACCUUCUGAUCCUCUCCCACCAUUCAGAAGGGCUGUUCCAGAAGGCCAUUGCCCAGAGUGGCACCGCCAUUUCAAGCUGGUCUGUCAACUACCAGCCGCUCAAGUACACGCGGCUGCUGGCAGCCAAGGUGGGCUGUGACCGGGAGGACAGUGCCGAAGCUGUGGAGUGUCUGCGCCGGAAGCCUUCCCGGGAGCUGGUGGACCAGGAUGUGCAGCCCGCCCGCUACCACAUCGCCUUCGGGCCCGUGGUGGAUGGCGACGUAGUCCCUGAUGACCCUGAGAUCCUCAUGCAGCAAGGAGAAUUCCUCAACUAUGACAUGCUCAUUGGCGUCAACCAGGGAGAGGGCCUCAAGUUCGUGGAAGACUCUGCAGAGAGUGAGGACGGCGUGUCCGCCAGCGCGUUCGACUUCACCGUCUCCAACUUUGUGGACAACCUGUAUGGCUACCCGGAGGGCAAGGAUGUGCUGCGGGAGACCAUCAAGUUUAUGUACACGGACUGGGCCGACCGGGACAACGGCGAGAUGCGGCGUAAAACCCUGCUGGCGCUCUUUACUGACCACCAGUGGGUGGCACCAGCUGUGGCCACCGCCAAGCUGCACGCCGACUAUCAGUCCCCUGUCUACUUUUACACCUUCUACCACCACUGCCAGGCUGAGGGCCGGCCUGAGUGGGCAGAUGCGGCGCACGGCGAUGAGCUGCCCUAUGUCUUUGGUGUGCCCAUGGUGGGUGCUACCGACCUCUUCCCCUGCAACUUCUCCAAGAAUGACGUCAUGCUCAGUGCCGUAGUCAUGACCUACUGGACCAACUUCGCCAAGACUGGCGACCCUAACCAGCCAGUGCCGCAGGAUACCAAGUUCAUCCACACCAAGCCCAACCGCUUUGAGGAGGUGGUGUGGAGCAAGUUCAACAGCAAGGAGAAGCAGUACCUGCACAUUGGCUUGAAGCCACGCGUGCGUGACAACUACCGUGCCAACAAGGUGGCCUUCUGGCUGGAGCUCGUGCCCCACCUGCACAACCUGCACACAGAGCUCUUCACCACCACCACGCGCCUGCCUCCCUAUGCCACACGCUGGCCACCUCGCCCACCCCCCGGCGCCCCGGGCACACGCCGGCCCCCACCGCCCGCCACUCUGCCGCCUGAGCCCGAGCCUGAGCCAGGCCCAAGGGCCUAUGACCGCUUUCCUGGGGACUCAAGGGACUACUCCACGGAGCUUAGCGUCACUGUGGCCGUGGGCGCCUCCCUCCUCUUCCUCAACAUCCUGGCCUUUGCUGCCCUGUACUACAAGCGGGACCGGCGGCAGGAGCUGCGAUGCAGGCGGCUUAGCCCACCUGGUGGCUCAGGCUCAGGUGUACCUGGUGGGGGCCCCCUGCUCCCCACCGCUGGCCGAGAGCUGCCACCAGAGGAGGAGCUGGUGUCACUGCAGCUGAAGCGGGGUGGUGGCGUCGGAGCGGACCCUGCUGAGGCCCUGCGCCCUGCCUGCCCACCCGACUACACCCUGGCCCUGCGCCGGGCACCGGAUGAUGUGCCUCUCUUGGCCCCCGGGGCCCUGACCCUGCUGCCCAGUGGCCUGGGGCCCCCGCCGCCCCCACCGCCCCCCUCCCUCCAUCCCUUUGGGCCCUUCCCCCCGCCUCCCCCCACUGCUACCAGCCACAACAACACGCUACCCCACCCCCACUCCACUACUCGGGUAUAGGGGGCGGCUCGGGGAGGCCCUCCUCCCCAGCCCUCCCUGGCCCGGCCACUCUGAAGGCAGGGAGGAGGACUUGGCAACAGGCUUUUGUCCUGUGGAGUCGUUACACGUCAUCGAGCAGCAUCAAGGUGGACAUGGGAUUCCUCACUGGGAUGUGUGUUUUUCCCAUGCAGAGAGGCUCAUUCUCUUCUCUGGACCUGGGCCUUUGAACAACUGGAGGGUGUUUUUUCCCCUCCAAUGGGACACCAGUCUUCGGUGUGUGGAAAUGUGGAAGUAUUUUCCCACGUGGAGGUGUGCUUUCUCACGAGGGGGUGUGUUUUCCCAUGUGCAGGGUGAGGUUUUUUUUUUUUGCCGCCCUGGACACAUGUUGGCCCCCUCAAAGAAUUUCUGCGGGGAUUUGUACCCCA